AUGUCGCAUUUGGACGAGGUGGAGCGGCGGAUGGAUCAGGCGGUGAUGCAGCGGUUCAGGCACCGCAAGGGUGCGGGGGCCGGAGCAGUUGGCGUGGCUGCACCGUCCGGUGGCGGGUUCCAGCGGACGCCAGAUGCGGAGCCGAUGAACGAGGGGGACUUCCAGACGGCCAUGAUUCGGCGCCUGAAGCUCCUCGAGCAGGACGCCAGGUCGAAGAGUGCGCUUCUGGAGCAGGCGCGGGUGGAGAACGCCGAGCUGCAGAAGAAGAUCCGCGUGCUCGAGGAGCGCCUGGCGCCGCAGAGCGGCCAGAGCUCGUCUGCUGACGACGUUGGGGACAACAGCCUGGCCGCCGAGGCGCUGGAGGUCAUCGACCACCUGCGGAGCGAGAACUCGCGGCUGCGAAGAGAAGCCGACGGCGCGUGGGAGCAGGUCCGGCGCGCGCACACCCGCGAGCGACCCCCUUUCUGGCAAUACAGAGCUCUCUCGCCGCCCCGCAGGACCCCCCACGCCGCGCCGCGCUGCCAAGGAGCGACCGCAGUCCGCCCCGCGCCCGCCUCGCGCAGUGCAAGGCGAUGA